CGAAGAGAAAAGAGUCAAAGGAAACGUUCAUUCGACGUUAGUCAAGUCGAGUUUAAUUCACAGAUCGGUCUGUGAAUCCUUAAUUCCACAAUUUGAAGUUAAAUUUCAAUUGUUAAGUUACACCCUUAAAACAACUGAUUCAAUGGUGCAAUUUGCGUGAUACAAAUGCUUACUUAUGCUCUAUAAAUGUACCUUAAUGUGUAACAAAGCAUCGGAAUGCAAGCAGGAGAUGCAAAAAUUACUGAUAAAGAAUAGGCAAAAAUUGUGCUUGCUGGAGAAAAAUAAUCGAUAAUUGUGUUAUGUGUGACCUAUUCUCCUAGAAUUCGAGUGAAAAAGUGUUUUCUCACUGCAAACUUAGAAAUUUGCCGUGCUUUCUACCUGGAGAGUUCAAGUCUCGUGUCAAUUUGUGAAAGUUCAAAAAGAAAACACCCACUUUGCAUUGGGCGGAACGCCAGUGCAUAGCAUCUAGUGGCAAUUUCUCUAAUCAGUCAGAACCCUCGACUUGCUAGACGUAGGAAAUCAACUGAAAGGAAAUCAUGAAUGCUGCCGACCCAUUUGUGAUAACUUCACGUGAAAGGUUCAAGUAUGACGAACAAUUCAAGAGUUUGCAGCCCAUCGGCGGAGUAGUCACCGGGGCGCAGGCUAAAGGUUUUUUCCUGCAGAGUCAGCUUCCGCCCAUGAUCUUGGGACAGAUUUGGGCUCUCGCUGAUACGGACGCCGACGGAAAAAUGACACUGGGUGAAUUCAGUAUCGCGUGUAAACUGAUAAAUCUGAAGCUCCGUGGCUUCGAGUUGCCAAAAACAUUGCCACCUAGCUUGAUAGCAUCCCUGACGGCUGUUGGUGGCACACCGACUCUGACCCCUACAUCGGGUCUCAGUCCGCUGGAUCCGUUGAAAUCCCUUGGCAAUUCGAUUUCCACCAUGCCGCCUACAAUUCCUCCACAGCCGGCAAUCGUGCCACACGCUGUCCCACAAGCCAUCGUACCCCCUAUGAUAAAUAAUCAAAUGCCUACUAUGGUCCAGCAGCCAUUAAUUUCCGGUGCUCCAGCACGGCCAGCCAUUCCUCCACAGCCAUUGAUAGCAGCAGCACAGCCUUCGUUGAUUUCGAUGCAACCUCUGAUUCCAGCUAGUGGUGCGAUCCCACCGAUGAUGCCUGCACAACCUCAGCAACCUCUAAUCGGAGGUAUAGGAGCACCAGGCAUGGUUCAAACAACUGUCCCAAUUGCACCGGCACCAGGUGUAGGAAUCAUAAAACCAUUGAUCGAUCCUAUCGGUGGUGUACAACCAAUAAUCCAACCUGGAAUGGGUGGAAUUGCACCUGCAAUGGCUCCUGGACUAGUUCAUCAACCGGUAGCCCCAGCAGUAGUCCCUGCUCCACCAACUCCUCCGCACUCAGGUGGUGGGACACCCCAACGCACAAUGUCUAUCUCUGAGAGAGCGCCAUCCAUUGAAUCUCCGCAAUCCGAAUGGGCCAUCAAAGGACCAGCUAAGCUAAAGUACACUCAACUUUUCAACACAACAGAUCGCAAUCGCUCAGGAUUCCUGACUGGGCCUCAAGCUCGUAAUAUAAUGGUUCAAACAAAACUACCACAAGCAAUUCUGGCGCAGAUUUGGGCCCUCUCGGAUAUUGAUGCUGACGGCCGGCUUGGCUGUGAAGAGUUCGUUCUUGCCAUGUAUCUUUGCGAUCAGGCCUUGCAGGGUGAAAAAAUUGCUCCCACACUUCCUGCAGAGCUGAUUCCACCAUCUUUCCGAAAGGCCACCUCACGGCACGGCUCCGUGGGAGGCUCCAGGCAUGGUUCGGUAUCCUCGCAAGGAGGAAUUCCGGCACAUGUAGUCGCUGUCGAAGCUGAUCCUCUCUCGGGGCUACCCCAAUCAUCCUUCGAAGAUAAACGAAAGGAAAACUUCGACAAAGGUCAAGCUGAACUAGAGAGACGGCGCAAAGCGUUGAUGGAUAUUCAGAAGAAAGAACAAGAAGAACGUGAGCGGAAAGAGCGCGAGGAACAAGAAAAAAUACGCAAGGCAAAAAUGGAAGCAGAAAUGAAAAAGCAACAAGAGCUGGAACAAGAGCUGCAGCGCCAGCGUGAAUUGGAGCAGGAACGUGAGGAGCAGCGCAAACGCGAACUAGAGAAAAAAGAGCUAGCGAGGAAAGAGAUGGAAAAGCAACGCCAGCAGGAGUGGGAGGCACAGAAGAUUUCAGAGAUGCAGUUGCAGCGUCAGCGAGAACAAGAAAACGUGCUCAAAUUGAAAGCUCAAAAUCAAUCGCUGGGUGUUGAGUUGAGCACCUUUAAUGAAAAAAUCAAGGAACUUUCUCAAAAGAUAUGCGACACUCGCGUCGGAGUAACCAACGUCAAGAGCACCAUCGAUGGAAUGCGAACGACCCGAGAUACGCAAAUGAGUGACAUGGCACAGUUGAAGGCUAAAGUUAAGGACCAAAACCAACGGUUGGUUCAGCUUAGCCAAGAAAAGGCGAAAAUGGAUGCGAAAAAUAAAGCUGGUGAAACGGAGACGCAGCUACAGUUCUCGAACAAGCAGAUUAUUAUACAACAGUUGAAAGAUAAAUUAGAGAACACGAAGCAACAUAUUGAGAAUAAGACAACUGAUAUAAAGAUUAAUAGUGAACAACUGAAAGAGCUAAAAUCUCAGUUAACCGACUUGAUUGAUUCGUGCGAAAAACUAUAUCUUGAAUAUGAUGUACAGCGAAUUCAGAUACUUGAAAUGAAGAACAAUCGUAAAAAUGAAUCUUAUACCAGCGCUUGGGAUACCAGCAAUUCCUGGCCAGUGGAUACGGCUCCAGCAGCAGCGGAACCGGUGUUAACGAAUGAAGCUGUUGAAACUCCUCCAGGUUAUGUGAAAUAUCGAGCUAUUUACGAGUUCAGUGCGCGAAACGCCGAUGAGAUUUCAUUUCAACCGGGGGAUAUUGUAAUGGUACCACUGGAACAAAAUGCGGAGCCUGGAUGGUUAGCAGGCGAGAUAGGUGGUCACACUGGGUGGUUCCCCGAGUCAUACGUAGAGAAAGUUGACACUAAUCUGAACACCGUAGCAGCACCGGCUGCAACAGCGGUUCCUGAAACAAUUGCCUACACCGAACCAGUCGCUGCCCCCACCACCUACCCAGACGCCAAUGAAGUAGAAGGUAUGUCAGAAGGAGCAAUAAACACUGAAUACGUUAGUAGUAACACUGGUAAUAAUAACGUUGACGAACCAUUUGCAGCGACUUACAAUGGCGAUGUCGAAUACUACGUUGCCUGCUAUGCCUAUCAAUCGGCAGAAGUGGGCGACCUGGUGUUCGAUGCGGGUGAAGUCAUAGCUGUGAGCAAAAAAGAUGGCGAUUGGUGGACGGGUAACAUCGGCACUCGUACUGGUAUUUUCCCCUCGAAUUAUGUACAAAAGCAGGAAUCUGUAAGUAGUGCAAUAGAAACCAGUAGUAACGCUAGUGUUAUAGCAAACGAAAAAAAUGAGGUAAUAAACGGAAAUCAGACCUUCAAUCAACAGCAAGUUCAAUCAGAAUCGAAGCGAAAGGAAUCAACAAGCCAAGACGCCGAAGAGGCGAGGAAUCAAGCCGAAGCGGACUCCGAAGUGUCCCAAAUCAAUACUCAACCUGCUCCACCUCCAGCAGCGAACGAAGAAAAUAUCCGUUACUCGUCGAUGUCAUCGGCCACACCAAGUUUGCGAAAGAAGGGUGAAGUUGCACAAGUUAUUGCACCAUACGAAGCAACCAGUUCAGAGCAAUUGUCACUCACUCGUGGUCAGCUUAUCAUGAUCAGAAAGAAGACUGAUUCUGGAUGGUGGGAGGGCGAAUUACAGGCAAAAGGACGGCGUCGACAGAUCGGCUGGUUCCCAGCAACUUAUGUUAAAAUUUUACAAGGAGGACGUAAUAGCGGCCGCAAUACUCCAGUAUCUGCUAGCAAGGUGGAACUGACAGAGACAAUUCUAGAUAAAGUAAUAGCUUUAUAUCCGUACAAAGCGCUGAAUGACGAUGAGCUUUCAUUCGAAAAAGAUGACAUUAUUAGUGUGCUCGGAAGGGAUGAACCAGAAUGGUGGCGCGGUGAGCUGAACGGUACCACUGGACUCUUCCCAAGCAAUUACGUGGGCCCGUUCGUGACGUCAGGUAAUGUAUAACGAGAAUUUUGGGCAAGUUUCAAGUCAUACGGUGUUCGCAACCCGGCCGCAAUCAGUUCCACUGAAGAUGACAUCAUCAACAAUAAUAAUAAUAAUAAUCAUAUUAAUAUCAAAAACAACUAUAACAACAAUUUCAACACUAGCAACAGUAACAAUGACAACAAUAAUUAUCACGAGAUGUUAUUGACACAAGUAUCGACACGAAAUUCCAACUAAAAUGUAUAUUUAUGUGUAUUAACUAUCGGACAUCAUUCAUUAGUAACCAAAGCGAGCGAAUCGUGUGCGGAGUUGCUCUUCUAUUGCAAGAAUAGAGUGCUUAAAAGUAAAUCCCGGUUGGUUAUAAACCAUAUGUUACAAACUACAAUACAGUUUAUCGUUCAUAAUCUUAAUAGGGAUAACAAACGCAUGAAGUAUUUCUAUGUUUUGAACUGACUUUUCGACAAUCUGAGAAGAUGAGGCAACUUGCCGUGCAACAAAUGUUAUUGUUUUUAGGCGUUUUGCAAAGUGCUCAACUGGUAACUCUGCGCCAGUCGUAAAUUUUUAGAACAUCACUCCACAGGUGUACUGUUUAUAAUUGUAGCUGGAAUCGCUGUGGAUAUUCCCUCGAAGUACUGCAUUAGGUGAUCAAUGUGGAUCAAAAAUACUCUCGUAUUUUCAAAAAGUCAGUUAAAUUAAGAACUCCAUCACGAAUCCCGACUAUCUCAUUUUCAUCGUUAGUAAGCAAAAAAAAACUAAAAAGCAUCCCAUUUAUUGUUAGUUUGUGGUUAAUGAUAAUUUAAAAAUAUAUAUAUCUAAAUUAAAUGUAAUCGUGAAGCACGCAUCGGCUUCCAAUGAUAUCGCUUGAAAAACUAGUUGUUUCGUUCGUCCAUCAUAUCGAAGUAGCGCGUAUUUGCAGACAAACAAUUAUUUAGUUGUUACUGGUAGUACGUUAAGUAUUUAAACUAUAAGUAUGUUAGAACGUUCAGUAACUAGUACUGUUGUUUCAGCUACAGACUGCAAACCUAAGGGUAAUCGGACGACCAAAAUGCGCAUUUGCCAGUGGCUAAUUCACAAGAAGAAAAAAAAACUGUAUGCUACUUUAAUAACGAUUUCUCGAUGAACUAAUUGUGUGUUUCUAGUUGAAAUAAAACAAUCAUAUUUUCAAUCUAAAGCAUGCUUUCCGGUUUCCAGACAAUAGAGAGUUAUAAAUUAGCUAGAUGAGUGUUUGACAAAAUUAACCAUUUUAACCUACAUUUGCGAUACAGUUUGAGUUUGCAAUUGUGGAGUGCGCAGUCGAAAUUGUACAUAUUCUCAACUUCAUUCAUGUUCAUUUAAAAACAAUUUUUGUUUUCAUUUUUGUUAAUUAAUUCCUCCUUUUUUCUGAAGUCACCGCCACAAUGCCCUACGGGAUAGUUUUUAACGUAAACAUCGUUGGUAAUUGUUUGGACAGCUGCAGGUAUUACAAAUAUUACAAUACAGGCGCAAACUACAGGCAUUCAUCAAUGUGUUAUUGACUAAUAAUGAUAUAUUAAUCAGUAUAGUUGUACUCACACAUGGCAUAUGUAUAAUACGAAAGCAAAUUAGUUUAACGCAUUAAACAAAUGAAGAUAUAUAUCAAA